GUCACAGAAGAGCUACUUAAAUACAACUUCACAUCACUUUCGAUUACGAUUACGAUGUAGUUCUUUCGAUUUAUCUUAUGUUUGCAGUUUUUCUUCGUAGUCAAAAUAAAAUUCCAUUGAGUCAAGGUUGUUCGUCAUUUAUUGCAAGAUUUGUGUUAAAUAUUGAAAAAUACAAGCUGCAAUGGCUCAGGCGACUAGAAAGAAAAAUGAAGCAUUCCUGGGUGCCAUUACAAGAGGGGAUUUAAAUGAAGUUAAAACUUACGUUUCAAAGAAGUUUACAUUAAAUUUCAUUCAUAACACAAAUAGGACUCCACUUAUUGCCGCAAUAUCGUCGAAGAAGAUCGAUGUGAUAAAAUAUCUAAUAGAAAAUGGAGCCGACGUUAAUUACCAAAGUUGUUACACAAGUGCACCUUUACAUUUUGCAAUAGUCAACAAGUGUCCACUAGAUAUUAUAGAACUACUUAUAAAUAAUGCAGAUAUAAAUCUACUUAGACGGUAUUAUACCGACCCUUAAUCGUCAGAAGAUUAUACACCACUUUCAGUAUCUGUUAUACAUAAAAAUUUUGAGGUUGCUAAACUUUUAAUUGAUAAGGGGGCCGACAUGUGUAAACAAAACUCUGGUAAUACUAUUGCUCUAAUCAUUGCUC